AUACAAAAAAAGUACUUUUUUUGUUUUUGUUUGUUUUUACUUUUUUUUUUUUUUUUUUUCCUUGCUUGAUUUUUUAAUUUUGGCUGGUACGGUUCCGUUCUGUUCCGCCUUGGCGCCCUUGGCCGCGGGGGCAAUGUUUUUGUUGUCGUUCUACAUUCAGGUGUUGGGUGGCGACGUAUUAACCGUCGAUAACCAGCUGAAGCAGCUCAAGUUCUCGAGUGGAACGAGGUUGACCGUGCGCAGUGGCAGCCGUUGACAACAAAAACAAUGUAUGCACUCAGUUUCGCCGGAUGAGUGCCGGCGUCGAUCGCGAACCGCCAGAGCCGCCAAAUACCUCUCGUACAUCUCCAAGAACACCAAGAACAGGAGGUAUUCAUAAAGAGGAGGUGCGAAGAGCUGGCCCUCACUUUUUCAAGGCAGCCGCAGAACACUACGAGCCCCGAAUCACUGCCGCGGCUGACUCACGCGGAUGCUGUGCUGCACCCUGCACUGCACAUGGUUCGAAGCACACUUCAGGGGACCAGUGCAUGCCCCUGAUGCAUCGUCACGGUCCCGGGGAUCAUUGCAUCGAUGAGCUCGCUUUCGCCUUGUCCAAGGUAGCAGCGGAAAACUACGGGCAGGCCCGGAGUCACCGCACCGGCUGGCUCACGGGCGUCGUCCUGUACUCUGCAUGGCACUGCGUGUGGCUUAACCGGCCAAGCAGAGGGUCACUGCAUGACCUUUAUGAGGCGUCGCUAGCCAUUCCCAAGAGAGGAGAGUGGGUGCUCAAGCAUAGGUCAACAUGCCUCAGUGCAUCAUGCUCUAGUCUUUAGCAUCUUCCAGACUUGCUUAUGUUAAUCGAAUGGAUUCACUAAACGGUGCUCCUUUGCAACUGAUUGUUGUAGGCUGCACCUACAACAAGCAGUUGUAAGUGCAGUACAUUCUAUUAGCAUAAAAUAAAGGCACAUAGCCA